AUGUUUCCGACACUUUCUCUCCCUUCUUUCGAAAGAUAUCACUCUCUCUCUCUCUCUCUCUCUCUCUCUCUAUCUAUCUAUCUAUCUAACUUUAUUCAUAUCUAUAUAUCUAUAGUAAACGAUUAUCUAUCUAUCUAUCUAUCUAUCUAUCUAUCUAUUAGUGUAAUAAUAUCUAUCUAUCUAUCUAUCUAUCUAUCUAUCUAUCUAUCUAUCUAUCUCAUUUUUUCUUCUAGCUAUAUAUCUAUAGGAAUAUACUUUUCCUAUCUCAAUAUACAUCUGUCUGUCUGUCUAUCUAUCUAUGACAAUCUAUCUAUCUAUCUAUCUAUCUAUCUAUCUAUCUAUGACAAUCUAUCUAUCUAUCUAUCUAUCUAUCUAUCUAUCUAUCUAUCUAUGCCAAUUCCUCUCAGUCUGUUCACAUCUAUCUAUCUAUUUGUCACAGUAGGUUCAUAUCUCUCUCUCUCUCUCUCUCUAUCUAUCUAUCUAUCUAUCUAUAUUAGUAGGUUCAUAUAUAUCUGUUCGUCUAUCUAUCUCUCUAUCGAAUUGUUAUCUAUCUAUCUAUCUAUCUAUCUUCAUUUUCAAUCUAUCUAUCUAUCUAUAUGCAUCAAUCACUGUCUUUUGGUAGCUAUCUAUCUAUCUAUCUAUCUAUCUAUCUAUCUAUCUAAUUCUCUUCAUUUUCAAUCUAUCUAUCUAUAUAUGAUUCAUUCUUUAUUUAUUUCUUCUAAGUUGUUGUCGUCUAUCUAUCUAUCUAUCUAUCUAUCUAUCUUAAUAUGUUCACAUCUAUCUAUCUAUCUAUCUAUCUAUCUAUCUAUCUAUCUAUCUACUAAUUUGUCUAAUAUUUUCACAUCUAUCUGUCUAUCUAUCUAUCUAUCUUAA